CUUUGACCUGCUGCGGUGGUCCCGGAAACAAACAGCGCAGCGUGGAAGCGAGCCGAGCGCUCGGUCCGGAGCGCUGCCCAGAGCUGGCUCAGAAUGCUGAAUUGGCUCCAUCAUGGGGCUCAGCCUGCUGUGUGUUGAGGGGGGCUUGAAAAGAUUAUCUCCUGGUUUCUGAAGGAGCACCUUCUCUGCAGCCCUUCUCUGGGAAUGGGCUCCUUCAUCAGGCCAAGGAGUGGUGGUGCAGUGUCAGGUCUGCAGUGCAUGAUGGGAGCUGAGCGGGGGGGACCCGACCGAUGACUGGUCUUGAUCGCCACGGUGACCGUCAGACCGAAGGAUGGAUAGCUUCCUAAACACCUCAGCGCCCCCUUCCUGCCCCUCCACCCGGACCAUGGACCAGGGGACGCCAGAGAAGGCGAGAACCAGCUACUUCAGCAAUGUCAAAACGAGGCUGGGAUCCAGUCUUCCCACUGAUACCCCGCCAGUCGACCUCAUUGUGAGCCCCCCGGGGCCCCCAAGAGCCACGGGCCGUGCCCUGGCCCGGCCCCAGCAGCCCCAGGUCCGACACCACGUGCCGCACAUCCGGAACCCGCAGCUACGGCAGUACUACCUGAGAGAGGCAUCGUGGGAUUCGGACACAGCCAAUACGGCGCUGGCAGCCUCCGGAGAUCCCGCAGAGAGGAAGGCCGAGGACAGUACGGGUUCGCGAGCUCCUGAGACCGAGGCCCCUCCCACGGCAGCGGCGGACGGCACCCCUCCUACCCCCACAGCCCCCACCAUGUCAGCUGCUGGCCUGCCUUCUCCGCUGCUGGAUGCCGACUACGAUAAACUGCUGGAUGUCGAGGCGGUGUCCAUGCCCGAUGGACGGCUCUGCUUGCUCGCCCUGCCCCCUGAGUGCUCUGUGGGGGGGGGCUCAGCCACCGCCCCUUACCUCAAGCUGUGCUGCCGCUACAUCACCGAUCGCAAGGGUGUGGUGUCGGGGGUCCUCCUGGUGACAGCCAAUAAGAUCUUCUUUGACCCCUACAAGUCCCACCCCCUGGUGCUGGAGCACGGCUGGGAAGAGUACCUGCUCUCCUGCUCUGUGGACAGCUUGGUGUCCGUGUCCUUCUGCCCCGACAUCUCCCACGUGCGCUUCAGUGCCCCCACACAACGGCCGAAAAGCAGAAGGAAGGAGGCACACCUAAAAAUGUCUAGGAGCCUGGGGAAGAGACAACAAGGAGACAGACGAGGGCCAGCAAGCGAACAGAAGGAGGAGAUGCUCCUCGCUCGGGCGUCCUCAGCAGCUCAGAGCAUAAGCUCCGCCUCUGACAUGACCUGUGAACCUGCCCCGGAUGGGCAGGGCCUGGGGGACAAAGAACAGGAGAGCCACGACAUGGCAGAGGCCAAGAAACAGCUGGGGGGCACUGCGGACGAGCUGGCUGUACAGUGUUCGGGGAUGCUGGGCACAGCUGUCCUUAGCAGUGCUGCCACCUUCUGUUGUGGAGGACUUGAUGCAGGUGAUAUAGGCGACACAGAACAGGGCUCCACAAAGCAGUGUACAAGGAAAGGAACGUCAGGGUCCAAAGCCUGCGGGGGCCACGGUGAUCUGAUGUUCGUCAGGCUGCGGUUCCACCCAACCCAGAGGAAGAAGCGGAACUUGGGCCCAUCUAGAGCCCCUACCAUGAAGGACGCCUGGUUCACGCUGUCGCAGGAGAGCUCAGACGACCUCUAUGCCUAUCUGACCCACUGGAGGCCUGACGUCUGCAUCCUGGAGGGGGGGCAGGAAGAGGAGGAGGAAGAUGAAGAAUUCGUGCUGGUGGACAGCAGGGAGCCGGAGGCGUGCCAGAGCGAGGCCCGGGCUGGAGACGAGUGGGAGAUGGUCUGUGUGGAUGAGGGAGGGGGCCGGACAUCAUCGCUGACCCUGGACAGAGAGCCGGAGGGGCUGGCAGACAUUGUGCGCCAGAGUGUCAUCCUGGGGGAGCACCAGGUCAGAGAGAUGUACAGCAGGCUUCCCCCUCGAACUGUGGGCCACGCAUGGCAGCUGGCCUACAGCACGUGGCGGCACGGCGCCAGCCUCCGCUCCCUCUACAGGAGGCUGGCUGGAAGCGACUCGCCCGCACUGCUCCUCAUCAAGGACUCCCAGAGCCAGGUGUUUGGCGCCUUCCUGUCCCACCCCCUGAGGCCCAGCGAGACGUUCUACGGCACCGGGGAAACCUUCCUGUUUACCAUGCAGCCGAGCUUCCAGUGCUUCCGCUGGACUGGUGCCAACUCCUUCUUCAUCAAGGGAGACCUGGACUCCUUUGCCGUUGGGGGUGGGAGUGGCCAUUUUGGCCUGUGGCUGGAUGAGACUCUGUACCGCGGGCGCAGCAGUCCCUGUGACACGUUCAACAACCGCUGCCUGUCUGAGACCGACGACUUCCGUGUCCUGGAGCUGGAGGUGUGGAACUUCUGCUGAGUUGGACCCCCAGGGAGGAGGGAACAGUCUCGGAAAUGGGACGUUCUUCCCGAUGGCUGUGGCAACCCCCC